UAAAUUGUUAAGGUCGAUUCCUCAGUCCCUAUUUCCAACAGCAUCGUCAUCAUCAUCAUCAUCAUCAUCACCAUCAUCCCAAACACAGCAACAACCAUGUCUGGAACUGCAGCAACAGCAAGUGGAUGCCCAGUGGCCCACCACGGCAUGCGCUCCAACGGCGCCGUCUGCCCGGUGACGGGAAUUUCGAGCGGCUCGGCUGACGAUUCGCCGCGCAGCCGUAGCCGCUCGGGCUCCAUUUCAUCCACCAGCUCGGGUCAGUCGCAGGGCUCGCAACUGUCGUCGUCGGCGUCGGUGCUGUCGGCGCAGUCUGCGCUGAGCUCGCGCUCGGCCUCGAGCGGAAUGAGCGGCGAAUUCGGCGAAAGCUUCUCGACUCAGAUGGUCGACCUCCUCCGCCACGAAACGCGCGACGUGAUCAAGAGCACCUGGGCGCUUGCCAUCCAGAAGCAAGACGAGGCCGAUGUGACGCCCGUCGCCACGUUCGUGAAUGUCUUUUUCGGCAAGCUGUUUGAGCUGUGCCCCGAAACGCGUCUCGUGUUUGGCCAAGAUCUGUCGCUCCAGGGCAAGUCGCUCAGCUCCGUCCUCACCGGCAUGCUCGAGUUUGUCGUUCACCCCAAGAAGCUCACAACUCAGGUCAAAUCCCUCGCCGUCAAGCACGUUGGGCUCGGCAUCACCCCAGACAUGUUUGACGCGUUUGGCGCAGCGCUGGUGUACACUAUCAAGACACGCAUUGGCAAGGUCUGGUCGCCUCAGACCGAGCGUGUGUGGGUGGACGCGUAUGGAGGCGUGAACAACAUUAUCACUCAGCAAAUGAGCCGCGUUACGCUCAACUCGCAAGACAUUCCGCCGUGGAUGAUUCAGCGAUACCAAGAACACCAUGCCGUGCUGCAUGCCUCCUGGGUCAAGGCCACCGAGGGUGACAAUGGCGAUGCCGUUCUGACCGGCUUCCUGGUGCGCUUGCAAUCCAACAACCCGCAAGCCACGCUGAUCUAUGAGCGUGCCGAUCCCCGCAUGCGCAAGGUCAUCAUCUGGACGGCUGUGAGCAAGAUCUUGGACUGCAUGCAAAACCCGCGCUCGCUCCGCAAGGAACUCAAGCCGCUCGGACAGUCUCAUGCCAAGAUGGGCGUCACUGGUCCGAUGCUCGACUCGUUCGGCGUUGCUCUCCGCGCCGUAUUGAAGGACGUCCUCAAGGCUCGGUACACGACAGAGACGGAUAUGGUUUGGCGACGCUGCUACCGCCUCUUCUCUGUCCAAUUCCUCGCCAGCAUCGAGGCCGAAUCCAAGGGAAAGGGCGUUGGCAAGUCCUGCGGGAUGCAAUGAGCGUGCUUCCAAGUUGGUGUGCGCACAUGUUACAUGCAGAUAGUUUUUUGCGCGUGUUUGUAAAUGGUUUUUUUUCUAUUGUGAAGGUUUGUCGAUUUACGUUUUUACGACUAUUUGUCUCUGAUUGUGCUGAUGAUGCUUCUCCUCUGCUCACUGGUUUGUGAUUGCUUUCCGUUUCUUGACUUGCGAUUGAACGAUGUACACAAAAAUACAAGGAUGUUUAUGGUUGACAG